AUGUGUCAUACUUGCCGUUCAUCCGAUACUGAGUUAACCAAAGACACUCGCCUGUUCUUCCUUCAAUGUCAUACCUGUGGAUCACGUUGUUCUGUAACAGCUAUCAAAAGUGGAUUUACGGCUAUGGUCGGAAAACGAGCAGCAGCUCGUCGUGCCGCCGAAGCAACUGCGGGCAAGUAG